AUGGUCGAGAAGCCGGAGACUGAGAGGGUUGAAGAAACCACCACGGUCGACGACAAGGAUGAGGCCAACAGCAAGGGACAGCCGCUCAUGCGGUCGGAGCUUGACAAUCUCAGUAUCUGGGAAAGUCUGCGGCGAUACAAGGUGGUGACCACGAUUGCCAUGGUGGCUGCCUUCAAGAUCAACCUGAACGGCGGGCUCGUCUCCAAUAAGGGUUUCAUCCGACAAAUGACCGAUCCGGAGACGUCGAUCAUUGAGGGAAACCGAUCGAUACGGACGCAAGGUCGCUCUUUAUAUCAUCUUCCUCGCCUUUGUGAUAGACUCAAGCUGACUGGUUGGAGCUGGUUCGUCAUCGGCCAGCUCUUCGCCUCCGUUGCCCUAGACCGUCUAAACGCCUCGGAUCCUUAUAAUUUCCGGACACCGAUUUACACACAGGGGAUAAUGACCGCUACAAUCGCCACAGAACGCAGCAUCGCUGCCCGAGACAAACAACAAGGCAGAUGGGCAGUCUUCCAAGGGCGGAAUCUCCUUCGGUUUAUUAUCGCCGGCUGGCCCAAGAUCACGCAACAGUUUGUGGGACUGUCAGUGUUUAACAGUAAUGUCACUUAUUUUUAUCUUCUUCGCUUGUCUCGCUACCUUUUCGACAACCGCUUCGCCGCUACCGGGUCGAUCUCCGUCGUGAUCGCGUGGUUUAUUUUGCCUGAGGUCACUAGGCGGACGCCGGCGGAGAUUGACGAGCUGUUUGAGAAGAAAGUUAAACUGCGCAAGUUUGAUAAGUACGUGACUGACGUGCAGAUCAAUGCGGCUGGGCAGGAGAAAGGGGAUGGAACGGCAUAA